AUGGGUAAUAUAUUUAGUUCCUGUUGUGAUACUAAAUCACAUACUCCAUAUGAUCCGUUCAUCUACGAUGAAGAAUAUGAAGAGUAUCAUAGUCCAAAUGUUCUUAAUCCUCACAUUAUAAAUACAUACAAUCCGCCAGCACCAAUAUUGUUAGAACAAACCAACUUUAGAAAUUCCGAUGCCUACGGUGGUGAUACCAUUGACAUUCAGAAUAGUUAUUACACUUCACCAACAUUAGAAACCAGCUAUUCAUAUGAAUCGCAAAAACAACAACAACAGCAGAAUAAUAGUCAUUAUACAACCACUACCACCACAACAACAACCACCAACUCAUCAUAUGAUCACUAUCCACAGCAACAACAACAGCAGCAGCAAGGUGCCUAUCAACCAUUUUCAGAGAUCUACGAAGAUGACGAUAGAGAAGAUGUAACUUUUGAUCCAAAUUAUACUAUAAAUGAAUUAAAACAACAACAGCAACAACAACAACAACAGCAGCAGCAACAACAAUAUUUAGAAAACGAACAAACAUUUAAAAACAAUAAUAACAAUAACAAUAAUAUUAAUAGUAGUAAAGGUCAACAACAACAAUUACAACAAAGAUUGAAUAGACAAUCAUUACAGAAUAGUUCGAAUGGACAAGAUAAGUUCUAUCCUCAUUAUAUGAAUUUCACAGAGUCGGUCUAUAUGGCACAACCACCCUCUUCAGAACUAGGCAUAACUGACUCGAUCAUGGACUCGAUCGUCAUAGGUUUAGAUAAACAACAGCCAGCACAACAGAAACACUAUAAUCAACAACAUUUACAACAACAACAGCAACAACAACAGCAGCAGACACCUAACAAGAAUACAAACUCAACACCAACACCAACACCAACCAUUCAAAUCCAACCAACAUCACCGACAUCUCAAUCCGUUUUGACAGAAUCAAAUAUUUCGAAUUCAACAACAUCUACAAACCUCACCGAUUCCAUGGAAUCAUCUAUUUAUUAUGACACUCAAAACUCAUUCAUCAAAUAG